GUUCUGCUUCCGGGUUACGCUGCCCUGGCUGGGCUCCGAGCUGAGUGUUCCUUGUACCGACCGCCACGGCCGCUGCCAUGUCCCCCACGGGACGCAUUGCCGGGGUCGGCUCCGGAGCUGCCGCCUCACGGCUUUGAAGACUGCAGAUGAAGACACACAAUCUAAACAUUUAAGCAUAUUAAAAAUAUUAAUACUCAUGGAAGAGGCACAAGACUUACCAGAACAACCUGUGAAAAAGGCCAAGAUGCAGGAAUCUGGAGAACAAAACUUAAGUCAAGUGAGCACCACAGAAGUCAGUGAUCAGAAAUCUGAAUCUUCAAGCCUUGGCCCAAACCUUCCCAUGUCAAGUGAAAUUCUGACAUGCACUGAUUACAUCCCAAGGUCACCAAAUGACUAUACCUCACAGCUAUAUUCUGCAAAGCCAUAUGCACAUAUCCUUUCUGUACCUAUAUCAGAAACGAUGACCCCUUAUCCUGGUCAGACUCAGUACCAAGCGCUACAGCAGACUCAGCCCUAUGCCAUCUACCCUCAGACAACCCAGACCUACGGACUACCUCCUUUUGGUGCACUGUGGCCAGGUAUGAAACCUGAAAGUGGUUUAAUUCAGACUCCAUCUCCAAGUCAGCACAAUGUUCUUACCUGCACUACAGGGUUAACCACAAGCCAGUCCUGCCCAGCACAUUAUUCUUAUCCUAUUCAAGCAUCAACUACCAAUGCUAGCCCAGUCUCCACGUCCUCGACUGUUGUCAAUAUUUCAACACCAGCUGUAGCCAGCAUCUCGCACCAGGAAUAUCCUACCUACACAAUUCUUGGCCAAAGCCAAUACCAGCCAUGCUACCCAAGUUCUGGCUUCGGGGUUAUAGCGCCAGCAGAUAGCAGCCUGGAGAGUACCAUGUUAGCAACCACCACAUAUCCAAUUGAAAAAGCAAAUGCCAUGGUGCCUACGCGGACGGCGCAUAGACAUUUAUCUGGAGAUCCAUCCACAAGUCCAUCUUUGCCAAGAGCAACAGCCAGUAAAGAGUUAGAUGAGCAGACUAGGAAAAACAUGGCUGGGAAAAACAGGGGCAAGAGGAAAGCAGAUGCCUCCUCCCCUCAGGACAGUGAACUGGAACGAGUGUUUCUAUGGGACUUGGAUGAGACCAUCAUCAUUUUCCAUUCCCUUCUCACAGGGUCGUACGCCCAGAAAUAUGGAAAGGACCCAACUCUAGUGAUUGGUUCAGGUCUGACAAUGGAGGAGAUGAUUUUUGAAGUGGCCGACACACACUUAUUUUUCAAUGACUUAGAGGAGUGUGACCAGGUGCAUGUAGAAGAUGUUGCGUCAGAUGACAAUGGACAAGACUUAAGUAACUACAGUUUCUCCACGGACGGCUUCAGUGGCUCAGGAAGCAACGCAAAUAACAGCUCCACCGUGGGGGCACAGGGGGGAGUGGACUGGAUGAGAAAACUGGCUUUCCGCUAUCGUAGAGUGCGAGAGAUCUAUGACAAGCACAAAAGCAACGUUGGAGGCCUCCUCAGCCCACAGAAGAGGGAAGCUUUGCAGAGACUACGGGCUGAUAUAGAAGUGUUAACGGAUUCCUGGCUGGGAACUGCAUUAAAAUCCCUACUUCUCAUACAGUCCAGAAAAAAUUGUGUGAAUGUCCUGAUCACGACGACACAGCUGGUGCCAGCUCUUGCCAAAGUUCUCUUGUACGGCUUGGGAGAAGUGUUCCCCAUUGAAAAUAUUUAUAGUGCUACAAAAAUAGGUAAAGAGAGCUGUUUUGAGAGGAUUGUGUCGCGAUUUGGAAAGAAAGUAACAUACGUGGUGAUCGGAGAUGGGCGCGAUGAAGAGAUAGCAGCUAAACAGCACAACAUGCCCUUCUGGAGGAUCACGAACCAUGCAGACCUUGUGUCCCUUCACCAGGCCCUCGAGCUAGACUUCCUGUAAGAAGCUGAGAAGAGCAAAUGUAGCUCCUUUCAAGCCCCUCUCCAGGAGGGGCAGAAAUCUUGUCUAUCUGGGAGCUUUCUUUUAACCUUGAUGAAGAAAUGUAGCUUAUGCAAACUCUACAGUAGGAGGUGACACCCAGUCACUUCCUCAGGAGCACGGGUACUGCCAGGUACAAAGGGGUUUACCCAAAGCAGCAGAUACAGUAUAGCUACAGUCUUUAAUGAUUCUCUGUUUUCUAAAGAAGGGAAUGGCUGAGGUUAAGGAGCUCUUGUUGGUAAUCUCCAGAGAUUCACUGUGCAUAUCCUUGUGGUAAUAUAACAACAGCAGACUUUUGUAAGAUCCCUCUCCCAUUCUAACCAACUUAAUUAUAGACCCCACAGUGAAUGUAUAGACAUUAUUUUUAUAGAAAAGAGUCUAGCAUCUGGGGCAGGGUUGAACUUUCCCCAUCUUGCAAGGCCAAAAAGUCUGUUAAUUUUUCAUGGGAAAUAUUAAUGAAAAUGACAAAUAUACCUCUGUCACUGUGCAAAUGAGCCCCUCCCCCGCCCUGUCUGUUCAGAAGAGUUAAUUUAGUGCCAUUUCUUUAGAUUGUUUUGUUCCAAGGCAGCUUCACUGAAUAGUAACAAGGGAGAAGGGCAUGUAUCCGGGACUUGUAGUUCCCCGUAUAGGAAAAGAUCGGCUUUCCUAGUGAACACUUGGGUCUCUAUUCAGUCACCACAGACCCCUUCCCCUGGGCCCUGUCUCCUAGCUAAGAAUUACCAAUUUCUAGCCUCGCCAAUGGCCAGUGAUUGGGACUACAGAGUGAUGGGCACUAUAGGAACAUGUGCUGUAUUUCAUUCAGCACUGCUGAUGUGGUGGGAGGUUCUUCACUUGGCCACCAGUGAUUUAAGGCACAAUUAUUCUUUCAAAUUAUAUUAGGAAAAGAAAUGUCAGUGGGCUUUCUGGGCUGUUUCUUCCAGUUCCAUCCGUGUCCAUUAAGUUCCUGUUGGCAGAAUCAGGUUCAGUUGCUUGGAUUUCUCUUUCCACUACGCUACAGCCCCAGUUACACCCAACAAAAAUCCAUUUGUCAGUGGAAUUCUGUUUUCUAGGACAACUGAGACCAAGAGCCACUAGCAAUGAGUGGAGACACUCACCCAUCCACCCCCACUGCACCCAGACACGGAUUGUAGCUACAUUGACCUUUCUGCUAGGGCGUAAGUGACAUCAACUCCCAGUGAGAAGACCUGUAUCUUAGCACCACCCUGCUCAGUACCAGCCAUGUGUUAGACCUUGGAGAUUGUCACCUCCAAGUCAGGGGCUUCAUGUCAGAGGCCAGUUCCAGUGUUAGCUGCAGGGCUUUGUUCUGCAUAGCUCUCCCCAUCCAUGUGAAAUUCUUCUGCCUCUUUCCUAAGCAUGGGCCAAGGCAGCACCUGAACAUGUAGCUACUCGGAGGUUCCUGUGUACAAUGUAGGAGCCUCUCAUGCCCAGCAGCAGCGCAUCUUCUCUGCUGUUCGUGCUCAGCUGGGAUACGAAAGGUUUGAGGUAUCCAGAGGAUCCCAUCUUUAGACAUCCUGAGCUCCCUAGACAGCCCUUGAUCCCUGAUCUGGAACCUAUAGAGGGGAUGGUCUGGGAAGCUCAGCACUUCACUCCACAGAGCUACGCACUGAGAGGGACACUGAGCAGCUGCUUGUUUUGGCCAUAGCUACCAAAGUGUCUCUCCUACUCCCCCAUGCCAUCAAGCUCAUGCAUGUCUAAGGAAAGUGUCUGUGCCAGAGACACUUUCUAAGAAUUCGGCAUUAUGGCUAGCACCAGCUCAGCUGCACGGGUGUUGGCAGUGCUGGAGCCUCCUGUGGAGAGCCCGCUGGCUGCUGCCACUGUUCUAAGCACUGUCAGCUCUGAACAGGGUCAGGAGAAACAAUGACUGAAAAACUGGUGGCAAGCAGGUGGCCUCUCUAGACUAGGGCUCCCAACCCUGCUAACCCUGGGACAGCUGGAUGGAUUUGCUAAUCUAGGCAGAGCCAAAGUGGUGAGAACUGGGAAAGCAUGGAGGUCUCUGGAUUUCAGGUAUAUUUAGAUCUUUGACCUCCUUGAUAAAACAACAAAUAAGCAAUGUCCUCUCCCAACUGCCAAAGGGAGCUCUGGGACUAGGAGCCUGCCUUUCUUGUAAUAUCCACUCACUAGGCACUAGCUUUGCACUCUGACCUUAAGCUGAUAUACUCCAGAGCUGGGUGCAUUUGUAGCUGGCUCCCCAGGAGACUUCUUCCAUGUGUUUAGUGCCGUGUACAUAGAAACCAUUCAGUCUGGGAAGCAUCUUCCCUGGUAGAGAAUCUGUGACGCCAGUUUCAACAGUGAGUAGUUACUUUAUGGCUCAUUAUAUGGGAAUUGUCCUAAUGUUUGGAAAUACGUCUGUAUUUGUAACUACUGCUCUGUUCCCUGCAUUGGCAGCCUGAGGGAGGCUGCCUGGUCAUGUAGUGUUCAGAUACACUAGCGUCUCUUGCUCGUGUUGCUGCCAUUACCCCAGUGAGGUUUACACACUGACAUUGGGAGGAGACCCCAUUGUCCCUGCUCUUCCUAACAUGUUGUGUACUGGGGGAGAAGGACUCGGGGCGGGGUAGGCAUGCACUGUAUAUGGUGGUGCCCCUGUGUUUGGGGAGGCUAGAGGAGUGUGGCGAGGGGUGUCCUAUGUGUGACAGGAGGUCCUGGAGUUGCCCUGUUCUCAGCUCCUUAAAGCACCUGUUCGUAAAAUAAAGCCCAUAGAAGGGUUAGCUACUACAUUAACCACUGAGAAUGGAGAGGAGCCAGCAGGAAUUUAGCCACAUGAAAAUGCAUAGUUUCCAAAGACACAGAUGCUGUGUGCGUCUGAAGAUGAGAAGUCUACUUUGGAUGAUCGAAGGAGAAUCCGUUCUGGUUUCCAUAAGCAUCUCUCACUGGUGAGGGUCACUAGCUGGCCAGAAGCUCUCUUGUAAACAUGCUUGAGGCACUUUGUCCUGUGAAACUGAGCCUGUUUGGAACAUGUCAUACUUUAGUGAACUUAACUUGGGAUUUGAAACCUGUGCCUUAACCUUGGAAAACUCCCCCUUCACUUCAGUCAUUGUACAAAGUAGAACUGCAGGGGAGCCCUGCCUUGGGGGGGAUCCCCCGGUGCUCGUAGUGAGCGUAGAAGCCAAGGUACUGAGCAGUCAGAUAGCUGGCAGGCUUUGCUUUGUGUUUGUUUACUUCCGAUUAUUUUAAGGAACCUUUAAGAUCUCAGCAAAACUGAGUGUGAAACUAUUGCAGCCAGUGAUAUUUCUUAGCAAUAUUUAUACGAUGUCUCCUCGAAUGUAUGUAAAAUACUUUUCUACCAGGAGGUUGAUGGUACAUUUCUGUGUUACAUUAAUAAAGGUUAACCUGGCUGUUUUAUUCUUUCCACGGCUGGCUGCAUUUGUGAGACUUGUCCCUUCGCUAGGGAGCUGGCAGGCGUGGGAUUCUCUUCAGAAGAGGAUUGUUUGAAAAUGCCUGCUGUUUUGUUGCUUUUUGAUUAUUUUUCGAUUUGAUUGUAAUUUAAGCGGCACAGCCCCCUAAGAUGCUCCCUCUGAGUAUUCCUCUGCCCUCCAGGCUGAGUCGGUAAAGUCUGUGUCCUCAGCUUUGCUGUAGCUCCAUUACUUUAAAAACCAGCCUGUUGAUGCUUGCUGGUUCCCAGUGCCCUGGCAGGGCUGCAUUACCCCUUUGUACUCGAGUAUAUUAGCAAACAGGUGGUUCCCUCUGGACCCGCCAGAUGCCUUACACAGAACCAGGUGUUGGUUGCAGUGUAUGUAUGUGACUGAGGGCAUUAAUGGCUGUGGAUUCCGUGACCAGUCAUGUUCUGUGAGAUGGGAACUGUCCUAUAAACUGGAAAAAUAAAGUCUAUUUUCUGUAAUAAUUGCUAUGGUCUAUUCUCUGAAAACCUGACUGUCACAUCCCCGCCCAGCAGGAAUUGUGCCCUGACAGGGAUGGUGUCCCUAGCCUCUGUUUGCCAGAAGCUGGGAAUGGGCGACAGGGGAUGGAUCCCUUGAUGAUUCCCUGUUCUGUUCAUUCCCUCUGGGGCACCUGGCGUUGGCCACUGUUGGAAGACAGGAUACUGGGCUAGAUGGACCUUUGGUCUGACCCGGUACAGCGGUCUUAUGUUCAGUGUAAAUGGCACUAAAGCCACCCAGCUGGCUUUAAAAUCCAAUAUGACAGCCCUGGAGCUGAUUAUAGGCCGGGGAGAAUUCUGAACCCAGCCCUGGAGGGGCCAUCUCUCAGGGUGAAUGAGGAGCGUGCUGUUCAUGGUUCAUGCAAGACUUUUGCCUCUGUGCUGUGGCUGCCGACAUGGGGUAGUUCUUGCUUGCUGCGUGGGCUGGACAGAGAACCACAAUUGCUCAUGCCGCAACAUUGAUGAGUUCUGUGACUUACGUGGAAUUUUUUUGAUGUUUAAAUUGUUUUUAUUUUUAAAAAUAAACCUGUUUAAAAUGAAAUCUAAAUUUAAUACAAAAUCUGUUACAGCCAAAACUUCUUCUCUCUUAAACAUUUAAAUAAAAAAUAACUGCUGAAUCCAUGAGCCUCUAGCAAAACCUUUAGGUUAAAGGCUGUUUUUCUGUAGAAAGAAAGAUGUUUUCCCCCGAUUCUAACUUCUGAGGUCAAGCUUUAUAAAUAUGGCACAAUAGGUCUGGAGCUGCGUUAAUGGCUUGAUCCUGUGGGGGACCUGGGGAUGUGCCACUGGGUGCAAAAGACCCAGUCUCUGACUCUAGGAUAUGCCAUCGUGUAUCUCGUCAGGAUCAUCCAUUGAGCUUUCUCGGGGGUGGGGAUCUCAUACUCCUUUUUUAUAGCUUGUCCCUACCUGAGCCCUUAUGGCCUCAGUUCUCAAAUUAUGAAUAUUUAUGACUCCAUCCGCUAUGGACACUUAUUCUCCAGCUCAUGAAAAAACACUGAUCUGCCUAGUAACUCCUAGCCCUUGCUUCUGAAUGGGGCUGGGCACUUCCAGUAAAUGGCCUCGCGUGUGUGCACAGACAUCCACUAACUUCUGAACUGCCUCCCUCUGUCUCUAAACAAGUGCAAUACUGCAGUGCAACAGGCAUGUGGGUUACACAAGCAGAAGUCUUGGAUUGCUGUUAGUUCUUUGGGCGGGCAGGGAAGUUAUGUAACGGGAGAAGGAGCAGAUUGUGCAACCAGAAAGGAGCAACACCAGUGUCAAAACUGCACUGGGAAGAAGGAACAACAUUCUUGUGUGCAGCCUUAGUUCUGAUUUCAACAGCUGGAAACGGGGGGAGAAAUAGCUACCAUGGCUGCAGGUUGUAAAAAAGACCCUAUUAGAAUAGUUUUGAGAGAUUCCCGUACCUCUGGGUAAAAAAAAGAACACGUGCUGAAUGUAAACAGUGCACCAAAAAGAUGCAAGGCACACCGAUCUUGGUAUAUUAACUUCUGGCUCCAUCAUCUGUUUUUAACAAGCAUAAUUUCAACAGUCUUUGGAUUAUAUCAGAAUGGCCUUUUUGGUUUACUUGGUCUGAUUCUCUUGCACCUGUUUAUAACAUGCUUUCUUUAUUGAAAAUAACUCGCCCUGCUUUCCAUGUAAAUUCCCAAGAAGGCAAAGUUUUAGACCAAUUAUCACAACAUCUGAAAUAAUCAGUGUAAUUCACUGACCAGUUAAUCCCUCUCUUUGAUUAAAUCAUUGUUAUAAAUGUGAAACAUGUUUUGAUAAGACAUUUAUGUAAAACAACUUUUAAGGUAGUUUUGUUUAAUAAAAAUAAAUUUUAUAUUG